AUCCGGCUAGCCGGAAGUGACGGCACUAGGAUAUGAAGCCAUGGCCAUGGAGGGAGAUGCAGGUAAGGCUGGUGGGGCCACAAAAUCCAGCAGUGAGCGAUCCUUCAGCCUGGAGCGUCUGGGCUCCUCCAACAGACCCAAUAAAUUGUACGUGAAUCUAAUGAAACAAGAGGAGCUGAUAGCACAGAAGAAAAAGGAAAUCGAAGCCAAAAUGGAGAGAGCUAAAAAGGAUAGCUUCACAAAGCUGCAAGUGACGCCUGCUCAAGAUAACGAACAAAAGAACACAUCCAACAAGUUUGCCAAUGAUGGGAGUUUCCUGCAGCAGUUCCUGAAGAUGCAGAAGGAGAAAGCAAGUACAGGGGUGCCACCAAGCAACAGCAGUAACUCCAGCCCCUCAGGGACCCAGGCACAGAAGAGGCAGAUUCUGAUCGGGAAGCGCCCUGGCCUGGGAGUGGCGUCUUUGGGAAGCACGUUAGGUCAGAUGAAGAACUACACCCAUGCCAAGCAGACGCCAAUCGCAGCCCGCCCCAGUGUCUUCCAGUCACCAGAUGACGAAGAGGAGGAGGAUGAGGACCUUGAGCAGUGGGCAGAAGUGAAAGUUUCACCCCCAGAGGAGCCGGAGGUUCGGAGCGUCGCUGAGAAGUUGGCGAAAUACGUAGCGGAUGGGGGCCAUGAAGUUGAAAAGCUCGCCAUUCAGAACAACAGGGAUAACCCCGCCUUCUCGUUUUUGUAUGAUCGCAAUAGCCGAGCUUUUCUUUAUUACAAGAAAAAGGUGGCUGAAAUCAAACGAGAAAAACUGUCUGGGUUGUCGGUGUCCAGGCCACCUGUGCCAACCUCCACCACCGCUUCAUCAGUGCCAAAAGUUUCACCCCCAGAGGACCCGGAGAUCCGAAGUGUGAUUGAGAAACUGGCGAAGUUUGUCGCUGACGGGGGUCCAGAUGUGGAAGAGAUGGCUGUUCGGGACAAUCGAGACAAUCCAGCCUUCUGGUUUCUGUAUGACCAGAAUAGCGAUGCAUAUCGAUACUACAGGGACACAGUUGAAGUCUUCUGUAAAGUCAAGACCAUUGCGCAGAAGGCCGUCCAAGCCAGCUUGAUGGCAAUAUCCUCUCCCGCCACUCAAAAGCGGAAGAGUUCUCCUGAGCCUGUUUCCAGUGGCUCGCCCUCUGAGCCUGCACCCAUACCAGCACCUUCAUCUUCCUCCUCCUCCUCUUCGCUUAAAAAGAAAAAGAAGAGCCGAUGGGGCCCAGAGGAUGACAAGAUUGAGCUUCCUCCUCCUGAAUUGGCAUUAUCGAUGCAAGUGCCCGGCUUAACAACUCAGGAUUUGAAGGGGCUUGGCUAUCAGAAAGGUAAGCCGGUCGGAUUGGUGGGAGUCAACGAGCUCAGUGAUGCACAGAAGAAACAGUUGAAGGAACAGCAGGAGAUGCAGCAAAUGUACGACAUGAUCAUGAAGCACAAGCAAGCCAUGCAGGAGAUGCAGAUGAUGUGGGAGAAAGCCAUUCAAGAUCACAGACACGAGUAUGACAGCGACGAGGAAAUCGAUGGUGAUGCUGGCACCUGGGAACAUCGUCUGCGGCAUAUGGAGAUGGAGAAGACCAGAGAAUGGGCAGAACAACUGACCGAGAUGGGUCGCGGGAAGCACUUCAUUGGAGACUUCCUACCCCCUGAUGAACUGGACAAAUUCAUGGAGACAUUCAAAGCUCUAAAGGAAGGGAGAGAGCCUGAUUACUCCGACUACAAGGAUUUCAAAAUUACUGUGGAGAACAUUGGUUACCAGAUGCUGAUGAAAAUGGGCUGGAAGGAGGGCGAUGGAUUGGGCUCAGAGGGACAAGGCAUCAAAGCUCCCGUUCCCAGAGGCACCACAGCAGUUGACGGAGCUGGUUUUGGUAUCGAUCGACCAGCAGAGCUGAAUAAAGACGAUGACGAGUAUGAGGCAUUCCGCAAGCGGAUGAUGCUGGCCUACAGGUUCAGGCCCAACCCGCUGAACAACCCGAGGAGGCCUUAUUACUGACUCCUACACCUGCACACACAGAUACAAGGAGACUUUACCAUUCAAUCCUUGGCUGUGAUGUUUAGUUUGGUUCUUCAAUGGUGCAGUGUUCAGAUGACCGUGCUUGCGAGGGAUGAACUCGAGUUGGAUUUCCCUGAAAAACAAUGCCGGAACUUUCUGUACCACUGCUAUUGGGCCACAUUCCUCCCAAUUACCUUUCUGGACUCAAAGGAUCCCUUUCCUUCACCACACAGCGAUGAGGACCGUGCAGAGAAAAGGAGAUCCCAAAAUGAAGAGUUUUUUUGAAUGCCUUGUUCAAUUCCUGCUGAAUCUGACAGUAAGCAGAAAAGAUUAUAACAAUGGAGAGUCUUGGUAGAUUGGGGAGCACCUUCCAACCCUCUCCUCCUUCCUCAUAUGGCUACUCUGGAGAUUCCAGUGCAAGAGGAGACAGCAGUGUGUCUCACUCUGCUCUGUGUGUCUUGGGCCUGUGGCUGAGGGAGGGGAAUUCUUUGCCUUCCCUGUAUAGCUGUUUUAAACACUUGGAGAGAAACCUGAGGAUAUGUUACUGAGGCCCUGACAUCCGGCAAGAGAAAUCUCAACCGUUUUGGACAUCUCUGAUAGUUGCUCAGUAACCUUUUAAUCUCUAGAAGAAGGUCAUUCAAAUAUUUUCUUGCAAAAUGUAGGAACUGCUGCAUGUUUGUGCUUAAAUAAAUUUUAUCCUUCUAAA